AUGAGUGCCGAUAAAGUUAUUGAAGUUCUUCUUGCCAUUUUCAUUCCACCAGUUGCUGUUUUCAUGAAAUGUGGUGCUACUACACCAUUAUGGAUCAACUUGGUCUUGUGUCUUUUCAUUUAUUUCCCAGCUAUUUUACAUGCUUUGUAUAUUGUCUUGAAAGAUUAG